AUGGCACCUUCCAUCCAGCUCGUGUCUCAGGAUCCCCGAAUUUGGGUCACCGAUGACAGCGUCUCAGCCGAGUUCCUGCAGUCCGUGGACGACGCCUUCAAGUCUGAGAACAGGCAUGUAGUUGAAAAGCACAGCGGCCGGAAGAUCGUGGCGCGAAAUCUUGAUUUCGAGAAGGAUGACUUAUGGCAGGAGCUCUUUCAGAGGAUCUCCGACAUUUGCGGCUUAGAGGGCGCAGUGCCUCAUCACCGCAACUUCAUGGUGACAGAAGUCUACGGCAGCGGCCAAGAUGCCCAUGUUGAUCACGCCAACGUGGAUGAUGUCGCCGCAGGGGAUCCCAUUGAUUUCUUAGACAUGACGAGGCAAAGUCCUUCCAAUAGCGACCCGCGGAGAGUCGUCCCAACGAUCUCAAUCAUCUUGUACUUUAAUUCUGUGGGUGGAAUUCGGUUUCCAUAUGCCGACGGAAUGCAAACAAUCGCUGGCAAGCGAGGGCGAAUGAUCUUGUUUGAAAACUACCAGGACGAGCGUAGGCCGUUGCACAAGACAUCAGCCACUCACUAUGGUAUCUACUUUGAGCAAGUGCCCAAGCGCCUUCUCGUCCUGGGUGUUCUGGCGAAUGAGACGCCGCCCAUGAACGGAAGUGCAAAGCCCACCAAGGGGUUGAUCUACUGUGCUGGUACGGAAAGGGACCCCCUCUUCCACGACAAUCCCUCUUAUGACGUGUACAAGUACAGCCCGCCACCCGCUGCAAAGGCUGACCUCAUCAUCACUCUGGACGUGAGCUCGAAGAAAGAGACGUGCACAGUCUUGGGGCGAAACAUGGCCGGGGAGGAGGUCUACAACUUGCCGUACCUUCUAUAUCCCCCUUUUUUCUUUUAA